ACGAUGGCAAUUCUGAUUCUUGUACUUUUGAUCAUUAUAGAUUGUAGUGUUGCAUAUGCAUCUACUCAGUUGGUUAAAGAAAAUAGCGACAUUGUAUUCAUCUGUCCAUUUCGAGUUGAAUCCAAGUCUAUUGUUUGGCUUGGACCAAAGGAAGAAAAGUUAACUACAUACAUCGUUGGAAAGUUAAUAAACCCCAACAUAUCAUCAUAUAGUCGCAUACGUUUGAUAGGAAACCAUUCAAAUGGUGAAUACAAUCUGCAAAUACUUAAUGUUUCAUCAAAUGAUGUUGGAACUUACCAAUGCCAAAGUGUUCAAAAUGGAACUGCUGUACAGAGAACUUUCUUACUGAAAAUAUCAGAGUUUCCGGUUACGAUUCAGCCUACGUCUGCUAACUGUAAUGCAUCAGAUAGUCAUAGAGUCACUUUAUUGUGUCAAGUUGAUGUUGAAGACACAAAUGACUGGCAAAAUGUUUGGCUUCACAGUAGAAAUGACAAUUUUAUAAAGAAUCUUACCGGAUUAAUAAAUGGAAGCAAAUCAACACUGUACAUUACAGGUUGUGAUUACAGAGUACAAGGAAACUACACAUGUAAAUGGAUGAGAAAAUUCAAAGAGUUUUCCGCAUCAGCCUUCGUAACUGUUAAUGGUCCUCCAAGUAUAACAGAAACAGAAUAUUGGAAAGAACAUCAGGACAUUUGUAUGAAAGUAAUCUUCUACUCAGUGCCGAAAGCCAAUACCAUUUAUUGGUUCGAUCACGAUAAAGAAUUAGUGAUUUCAAAACGAAUCAGUAUUUUGUUAUACCCAUCUGUAGUUAAAUUAAACUACUCGGACAAAAUCUUCAAGGAAGAUGGUUUUGUAUCACAGCUAUGCGUUUCUGACGUUAGACACAUCGAUUUAACUUCAUAUAGAUGGCAAGUUGUAAACAUAUAUGGAAGCGUAGAAUAUACAUUUUUAGACUAUUGGAUAGACAAGAUAUUUUAUCAACAUGAUCAAUCAACUAAUGAAAAACAAUCAACAAAAGUGUACAUAAUUCAACAAGACAUUACAUUAAAGGAUGACGCUAGUACACAUGUUGGUAUUCCACUGAAAUUUGCGCUAAUUGGAAGCGUUGUAGUAAUAGUUUUAAUCAUGUUUGCGAUAGCAGCUUUAUGGUUUCACCAACAAAGGUACACACUGAAAGUUUUUGCAGAAUAUGAAGGACAUGCAAAGCCUGGAUACAAUGUACAAUAUCGUAAUGAGCAUUCAAGACGUGAACCGGAGGAGAAUGAGGAGAUUGGAAAUAUUUCAAUGACCGUAGUCUAUUAAGCAGACCCAAACGAAAGAAAUUGAUCAAGUAGUAGAAAAAGUUUCUAAGAAUUAAAGUGGAAUAACGAGUGAAACCAAAACCUAUCAAGACAUAAACAUGUAAAGUUAGCAAUUUUCAUAUAUAUUUCAAACGAAGUAUAAAAAUGAGGAAUUGUAAUUUAAUUCUAUAUAUUCUUUAAAAAAAAGGAACUAUACUGAA